AUGAUGGAACCAGAUCAAUGUCUGCAGUAUCUCUACAAGGGACAGUUGCUGCCAGAGGCCACGAUUAAGGCGUUAUGUUUUAAAUUAAAGGAAAUGUUGGUUAAGGAGUCGAAUGUUGUGUACAUACAGUCUCCAGUGACGGUAGUUGGUGAUAUACAUGGCCAGUUCCAUGAUUUAUUGGAGAUUUUUGAGAUAGGUGGCCGUGUUCCCGACACUAAUUAUUUGUUUCUAGGUGAUUAUGUCGAUAGAGGGCUAUAUAGCAUCGAAACGAUAUUGCUGCUGAUUGUACUGAAAUUACGUUAUCCUAACAGGGUACACUUGAUAAGAGGUAACCACGAAUCGCGUCAAAUUACUCAGAGUUAUGGAUUUUACACAGAAUGUUUAAAUAAAUACGGAAGUUCAUCUAAAGUAUGGCAAUAUAUCACUGAUUUGUUCGAUUACUUGAUAUUAUGUUGCGUGAUCGAUGAUAGACUAUUUUGUGUGCAUGGUGGGUUAUCGCCCAAUGUUCAGACUAUCGAUCAAAUAAAGAUCAUCGAUCGAUUCAGGGAGAUUCCACAUGACGGCGCUAUUGCUGAUCUUGUAUGGUCGGAUCCCGAAGAGCAUAACUUGAUGGCAAAUCCAUCAAAUAGAGAAGAACUAUAUCAAGAGACAAGUCAACACUUCCAAAUAUCCCCAAGAGGUGCAGGUUACACUUUUGGAAGGAGUGUUGUAGAAAAAUUCUUGGAAAUAAAUGGUAUGGAUAGAAUCUAUCGAGCACAUCAGCUAUGCAAUGACGGGUAUCAAAUAUACUUCGAUGGUCUAGUGACUACCGUGUGGUCAGCACCAAACUAUUGUUAUAGAUGCGGGAACAAGGCAUCAAUUCUGGAACUAUACAGUGCUGAUGAGUACUAUUUCAAUGUUUUUGUUGAAGCCCCAGAAAAUAGAUUAUUAAAUGAUCAAGUAAUGAAUUCAGUAGCGAAUAGAAAUACGAUCUCUGAAUACUUCAGUGAUUACCAAUUAUCAAUAACGAACGGAAAGGACAACACAAAUGAUACUUCAUACGAUUAUAAAGAGUUCUAUAAGAAUGGAGGAAAUGAUGUUGAUGAACUAGAGACUGAUUUAAUGAAAAUGUCUUUAUCAACUAAUAGUGAUAUAUUUUCUGAUUCAUUUCAAGCACAAUCAGCAAGAAACAGGAAAGUAGAAUACUUCCUGUAA